AUGGUAAAUAAUUUUUAUCGAUUAUUUGUAGGUAUUUCUAUGAUAUUAGUUGGAGAUCUAGAUCAAUUGCCUCCAGUUAAAGAUAAACCAACAUAUGCCAACAAUAGACAAGCAAAAAUAUUGUGGCAAGACUUCAAAACCGUGGUAACAUUAGAAAAAGUAUUUAGACAUGAUGGAGAAGAUAUUCAACAGAAGCAAUUUCGCGAACUAUUGACAAACUUGAGAGAUGCACACCCUGCUAUUAAUGACUGGAAGUUGUUGAUGUCAAGAACCAACACAAACAUCAUUGUACCAAUGCAUGAAGAUUUUGACAACAAUGUUUAUUUGUUCUCGACAAAUGAUAAUGUUCACAAUUAUAAUAAGAAAUUAUAUUCUCUGAAAGAACCUAUCGCACGUAGUAUUGCAACAAAAGUUGGAACUCUUAAUGCACAAGAAGGAAAUUCUCAUGAUGAGCUUGACAUGGAAUUGUUGAUCUCUAAAAAUGCAAGAGUAAUGUUAACUUCUAAUCAGUGGAUAGAAGUAGGUCUUGUAAAUGGUGCUUUAGGAUAUGUUCAAAAUAUUGCAUAUAAACUUGGAAGUAUGUCACCAGAACCUCCAACAUAUGUAAUGGUUAAGUUUGACAGUUACUUAGGAUUACCAUUUGAGGAUCAAAAUCCACAAAUAGUUUAA